AUGUUGCUGAAGUUGAAUUUAAAUGUUGUGCUGGCAAUUUUGGCGUUCGGUGGUGUUAUUGCGGCCACAACUGCCACACCCUGUACAAUUACCUUACCCCAGGAUAUUAAAGGAUACUCUCCAGUCAUACUCACCAAAACACCAACAACUCAAGCCACAUAUUCCCUCUUUAAACCCACUGGAAAAGUGAAUAGAUUUCCUGAAAAUUCAAAAUUACGUUUAAUCUGUACGGGUUCUAAAAACGUUAUAACAUCAUUGGGAAUCAAUACCGCCGAACUUACUUGCAGUGCAGGCGGACAAUUUGUUGAUGCGAAUAAUAAUCCAGUGCAAUUAAAUUCGUUGGUUUGUAAUACAAUACCUGAAUCGGCAUUACAAAAAACCUCGCAGAAAUGUUCAAAUAAUCGUGGCUAUAUACAUGAAGCUGGUAUUGAAAUACCAGGUGAUAAAUUUUACCGGAUUUUUGAAAUAUGCUACAAUAAAACGACGGAAACGACACUGUACACACAUAACACUUUGCAUGGAGCUGUUAUUCGGUAUAAUAUUGCCGAAAGUACUCGACGACCAUUUCUAGCGAAACACAUGUCCUCGAAUACCCGCAAAGUAAACGAAUUCUAUACAAAGAAAAAUCAGCUGGCACGAUUCGAAGCCCUAUUUGGUGCGGAUCAAAUAUACUACGAUGAAAAGAAAAACUUUUUAUCACGCGGUCAUUUAACACCCGAUGCCGACUUUAUGUUUGGCUAUGAGCAACUGUCAACUUAUUAUUACAUGAAUGUUGCACCACAAUUUCAACCAAUUAAUGGUGGUAAUUGGUUAAAAGUUGAAGAUAUGGCGCGAUCAUUGGCCGCUGACUAUCGCGAAGAUAUUGAAUCAUACAAUGGUUAUUUUGGUGUGGUACAAUUACCGAAUGCAAGUGGCGUCCAAGUAACACUCUAUUUAGAUAAUCAACAACAAUUCUAUAUACCGAAAUAUUAUUUUAAGGUAUUAACAAGGAAAUCGGCCGACGAAGCAAUUGUUUUUCUAAAUGUUAAUAACCCAUUUUUGUCGGAUCCCCUUUCGGCGGAGGUGUGUCCAAAUGUUUGUCAAAAGGCAAAUUUGUAUCAAAACGAAUUUGAAAAUCGGUCGAAAGGUUAUACAUUCUGUUGUACGCUGCAGGAUUUUAAACGGGUGUUCAAUGGUUUACCCAAUGAGGUUCAGGGUAAACGUCUUUUGCUGGCGAAGAAAAAGUGA